UUUUUAUUAUUAUCCACUGAAAUGACGGCUCCGAACAAACAGCAGCGAGAAAAAUGUUGGCACGCUCGGGAUGAUUAUUGGAAAUGUUUGGAUGAAAAUAACGAAGACGUGCAACCGUGCCUACAAUUUAAAAAAAUCUUUGAACAAAGUUGCAGCAAUCAGUGGGUUAGUUUAGUUAGCUUCUUUAGUUAUUAG